CAGUGACCUCACAGCGCAAGGGCGAUUGGCUCUACCGCCUUUUGCCCCGCCCUGAUUGGACAGCGCUGGUUCCGAUUGGCUGGUUUAAAAAGCGGGCAUGGCAGCGGCUGCCCGGCCAUGGAGGCUGUGAAGUGCCCGGUCCACGGAUCCCUGUGCCUCCUGAAGACGGGCCUCCGCGAUGGCCCCAACCAGGGGAAGAGCUUCUACGUGUGCGGAGCGCAGGGCCCGGCCACUUGCGCCUUCGUCCUCCCGGCGCCUAUUCCUGCUUCCCACUGCUUGAUCCAUGAGGGCUGCGUGGUGGAGCUGCAAAUCCUGGUUCAGCAGGAGGACAACGAUGAAUACCAGUUGUUUUACCGAUGCCUUAAAAGUAAGACCAAUGGGAAGAGAUGGUGUGGAAGUGUCCCAUGGCGGGAUCCAAAAGCUACCGAAGUGUCAAAAGCCUUAGAAUUCCAGCCCAAGACAGCACCUCUCCUCAAUCCCAGCAACCAAAGAAAUCCAUUCAAAGUGAUAGACAAGAAUUGUGAACCAUCGUCCUGGAAACAAAUUAAGCAAAGAAAUGGAGAGGGAGGUAAAGCAAAAGAAGUAAAAACAGAGAAAGAGGUCAUGCUAGUGUCACAUAAAGAAGAGAAAUCAACCUCUCAUUCCUCAAUAGAGAAAGAACCUCCAGAAGGGCUGAAAACUAAAAAGAAACAGCCCACAGGAAAUAGGAGUGAUCCCGAACAUAAGGAGAGCACAGUGUCUGAAUCUAAACUUGGUCCUUCUGAGACUUGGGAAGGGAAAAGCACCUUUUGGGAGGAGGAGAAACACGGUGGCAGUGGCAGGGAAUCCAAGAAGUCUUAUGAGCUUGUGGAGAAAGAGCCAGACCAGAGGGCAGAGCUGUGUUUUGGAAAGCAAAGUACCAAGCCUCUGGAGGAGGAGCAGCUUGGAGAGGAAAGCUUAAAAAGCUGUGGGAAUAAAGAAAUCGGAGAGAAAGAAUACAGCGGGCAGAAGAAUGGAGAAACAAAAGCUUUGUCUAAAGAAGAUGCAGUUUCCCCAGCAGUACCACAAUCAGCAUUGCAAUGUGCUGCCCCGAGGGCAGGGGCAGCACUGCCCAAGGCACAGUCCAGGCCAGGGCUGGGACAGCCUGCUGACAGAAUCUCUGGCGCUGACAGUAAUGAAGCAGGAUUUGUUUAUCCCUCAUCAGGUCAAAGUAAACCUGAGAAUUCAGUUGAGGGUUUGCAGUCAAAAGACAUUCCUUUGGGAAAAUCAGGAAAGAAUGUGCAAGUAACAUCUUUGCCAGGAGCUGCAGCAUUGCAUCAUGUGGAAGGACCCCAGGACCCAAAAGCUCUUCACAACCAUCUUGUAGUCCAGCUGAAGCAGAAGAAGAGUACGUUGGCUACAGUGAACAUUCAGCUGCUGCCAGAUAAAGGGGAACGGUUAUUAAAGCAAGUGCAGGAUUUGGAAGCUGCUCUCAGUGCUCUUGACAUUUCGAUGGCAGAUACCACUGAAAAAGGGGAGGGUGGCACAAGCAGUGGCUACUGUGAGGAGUCUUUGCCAAACCCAUUUGGCAGGCCCGGUGGUUCGAAGUUGAUAACACCACUCCAGGGUCCUACAGCAAGCACCUCUUCAGCCUCACACACUCACCCCACUGCUGCUGCUACUUCGGGUUCCAGUGAAUGUUACGGCCACAGUUUUGGAAUGAACUUUGCUGUGCAGAAUCUAUAUGGAGGACGAAUGACAGAAGACCGAAUCAGGGCGGUACACAGUCACAUAAGUGAGGCUGUUAAUCAUCUUCACAAAUCUCUAGAAUCCUGCCCAACAGAGCAAGCAGCAGCUGAAGAUCCCUCUGGAUUGAAGGUUCCACUGCUGCUGCACCAAAAACAGGCGCUUGCGUGGCUACUCUGGAGAGAGAGUCAGAGGCCGUGUGGAGGAAUUCUGGCGGAUGACAUGGGCUUGGGGAAGACUCUAACGAUGAUUGCUCUCAUUCUGGCCCAGAAGCAGCUGAAGACAGAGAAAAGAAAAGAGAAGUUAGAAAUAUGGCUGUCCAAAAAUGUUUCCACUGUUAUUGCUUCCCAUGGCACUCUAAUCGUUUGUCCUGCAUCCUUGAUCCAUCACUGGAAGAAAGAGAUUGACAGACGUGUGUACUGUGGCAAACUCCGGGUCUAUUUAUACCAUGGGUCCAACAGAGAGAGACAUGCAGAGGCGCUCUCUGAAUAUGACGUUGUCAUCACAACCUUCAGCCUUCUCACCAAGGAGGUUCCUACAAGGAAAGAGGAGGGGGAAGUCCCUGCCAAGGACCAUGAUGUGGGGAGUGGGUCGACUCCUUGUUCCCCACUGCUCAGGGUAGCUUGGGCUCGAGUUAUAUUGGAUGAAGCUCACAAUAUUAAAAACCCAAAGGUUCAAACCUCCAUAGCUGUGUGCAAGCUGAGAGCCAGUGCCAGAUGGGCUGUCACUGGGACGCCAAUACAGAACAACUUACAGGACAUGUACUCUCUCCUGAGGUUUCUACGUUGCUCUCCUUUUGAUGAAUACAAAGUGUGGAAGUACCAGGUAGAUAACAACACAAAGAAGGGAGGAGAGAGAUUGAGCCUCUUAACCAGGAGCCUCUUAUUACGCAGAACUAAGGACCAGCUGGAUUCCACUGGCAAGCCCUUGGUAUCUCUGCCCCAGCAUAGCACACAGUUGCAUCAGUUAAAACUUUCAGCAGAGGAGCAGUCGGUGUACAAUGUGCUCUUUGCAAGAUCCAGGUCAACCCUGCAGUCCUACCUAAAGAGACAAGAGCAGAAGAAUGAAGGCAGACACUACACCGGUGGUAACCCGUUUGAGAAAGUAGUUGCACAAGACUUUGGGGUCAGUCAAAAGGAAUUUGUAGCAGGCUCCCAAAGUGCCUCCCAGGUCUCAAGUACUGUCCAUGUCUUGUCCAUGCUGCUGAGGCUCCGUCAGUGCUGCUGCCAUCUCUCCUUACUGAAAGUGGCUCUAGACCAAGUUAACUUGAACAGUGAAGGCCUCUCCCUCUCCAUUGAGGAACAACUUAGUGCUUUGACUCUAUCUGAGCUCCAGACUCCUGAUUCCAGGUCAACAGUCUACCUCAAUGGCACAGCUUUUAAAACAGAUAUCUUUGAAAUUACCAAGGAGAGCACCAAGAUAGCUCGUCUCUUGGCUGAACUGAAAACUAUUCAGAGUCACUCAGAGUCUCAGAAAAGUGUUGUCGUGUCUCAGUGGACGAGCAUGUUGAAAGUUGUGGCUGUGCACCUCCAGCAACUAGGGCUGAAGUAUGCAAUAGUGGAUGGCUCUGUCAACCCCAAACAGAGAAUGGAUGUGAUAGAAGAGUUCAAUACCAAUCCCAAAGGGCCUCAGGUAAUGUUGGUCUCCUUGCUGGCUGGAGGCAUUGGUCUAAACUUGACUGGAGGAAACCAUCUCUUUCUCCUUGACAUGCACUGGAAUCCUGCUCUUGAGGACCAGGCAUGUGACCGCAUUUACCGAGUGGGGCAGCAGAAGGAUGUUGUGAUACACAGGUUUGUCUGUGAAGGAACAGUAGAAGAAAAGAUUGUACAACUCCAGAAGAAGAAGAAAGUUCUUGCCCAGCAGGUGCUGUCAGGCAAAGGGGAGGCCUUCACUAAGCUCACUCUGGCUGACCUCAAAAUUCUCUUUGGUAUCUAAUUAUUGUUUACAAUACACAUUGGAAAUUGAUUGUUGUUGUUUUUUUAAUA